UUAAAUAAGGCUUAUAUAUAAGAUGUAUUUCCAUACAUUCAAGUGGUUCUAUUUAUUUGAUUCUUUUAUCUUGCAGCUUGGAGGAAACCUAUAUCUGAAAGAUAUAAGGGAUGAAAAUGUAGGAAAGUACACUUGCGUUGCUCGUGACCAGUUCGGGCGAACCAAGGGUCGAGUACAUGCCUGGCUUUAUUUGACUGAUCCACCUCAGAUUGACAUUUCUACAGUUUGCGGCACAAUUACUUACUGGAAAGAGAGCAAAUCACAAACUACUCCCUCACCAGCGCAAGUAAUAGUUGCUCAACCCGAGGUCGCUGGAAGUUCAAGCGACUGGAGCAGUGAAAAUUUAAACGAAGCAGGCCGUGUGGUCGGAGGAAUUAUAGCAAAUCAUGGUUCGGCGCCCUACAUGGUCCGAAUUUGGGAACAAAGGACUGUGAAUUCAUGGACCUUCACCUGCGGUGCGACACUCCUGGACCAGAGGUGGAUUUUGACUGCUGCGCAUUGCAUGCUUGACAAGAACAAAAAAUUGAUUCUAAAGGAAAACAUUAAUUUAUUUUUCGGUGACCAUGAUUCAUACGUAAAAGAAGAGUCCGAAAAGAGCCGACAGCCAGCGGAAAUAAUUGUGCAUGAAGAUUAUGACAAGACAAACUAUGAUAAUGACAUUGCCCUGAUACGUAUCGACCCACCACUGUGGGAGUUCACUCCUUACAUUCGUCCUAUUUGCCUGGCCCCUUGGGGUCUAGCCAGUCGUCUCAUGGAGACCAGUAUCAACGAACGCACGACCGGACGCGUGACCGGAUGGGGACAAGAGACUUUCAGUGGUCCAACCAACCAGUUUAUGAAGGAGGUGGAGUUACCUAUUGUUGACCGGCACACUUGCGAGGAGAGUGUUCACGAAAAAGAAGGGGAGUUUACUGACAGCAUGUUUUGUGCAGGUUACCACAGUCCGCUGCGGGACGCUUGCCUAGGCGACAGUGGGGGUCCAUUUGCUUUUCGUCAUGAUGAUGGACGGUGGUAUCAACUGGGUAUUGUAAGCUGGGGCGUCGGGUGUAAUAAGGAGGGGGAAUACGGGUUCUACACAAGCGUGUCAAGAUAUCUUCAUUGGUUACGUUCUAAGAAUGUAACAGUUGCAUAUUCUCCAAACGUAGAGAGAAGGUUCAACGAGAGUCGACGCAGUGAGGCACUGGCCUUUACAGAGAGAUCUCCUAGCAUUUUGAAUGUUGCAGCAGGUAGCGUGGUCGACCUAGAGUGUGUACCUAACAGAGAUGAUGCGUCUGUUCAGUGGUUCAUUGGGAAUAGCAUCAGACCAGUGAGACAACUUGUGGAAGGAGUGCGCAUCCUACCUACUGGACUAGUCUUUCACUUUGACGCCGUAGAGGAUCGUUUCUUUGGAGUAUACUCGUGCGAGGCCAGGGUCAAUGAUGAGGAGGGAGAGCAAGUCAUCAGGGCAAACUUCCAAAUACAGACAACGGGAUCGAUAUCCCCGAAUUUUGGAUGCGGACGAUACGCCGCCAUGACACUCGCCGUCCUGCCAGCCAACACCGGUCGAUUCCAUUCAGCAGACGGUCCGAUCCAGCGGCCCGUUGAUUGGUUGAGUACCGUAUGCGUCGGCCAAUAG